AUGAUAAAUGAAGAAUCAAAAAUUCUUGUAUUUGGAUCUAUUGUUCAAGAUUUAAUAAGUUAUGCUAAAAACUUUCCAAAACCAGGAGAAUCAGUAAGAGGUACAUCUUUUAAAAUGGGAUCAGGAGGAAAAGGAGCCAAUCAAGCUGUGGCAGCAGCCAAAUUAGGAAGUAAUGUUAAGAUGAUUGGUGCUGUUGGAGAUGAUAUUUUUGGAAAAGAAAAUAUUAGUAAUAUUGCUAAAUCUGGAGUAAAUGUUGAAGGUAUUGUAAAAAUAAAAACUGAAUCUACUGGUACUGCUACAAUUUUUGUUAAUGAAGAAGGUGAAAAUAGUAUUGUUGUAGUAUUAUCAGCAAAUUAUAUGCUUAACCAACAAAAAGCUAUUGAAUCGGAGGAAGAUGUAAAAAAAAGUAAUGUUGUUAUGAUUCAAAAUGAAAUUAAUGAGGAUGGAAAUUUAACAAUUUUAAAAAUUGCUAAAAAACAUAAUGUUAAAACAUUAUAUAAUCCUGCACCUGGAUUACCAAACUUAAAUAAAGAAAUUUUAAAAUAUACUGAUAUACUUAUAGCUAAUGAAAAUGAAACAGAAUUUUUAGUGGAAAAAGAAGUAACUACUGAUAAUAAUUUUAUAGAAGCAGCAAAAUUAUUAAUUAAUUUUGUCAACGAAGCUGUAAUUUUAACACGUGGAAAAAACUCAACUAUAGUAGCUAUUAAAAAUGAUAAUAAUAAUAUUGAAACAUUUACUAUACCAAUAAUUUCUGUUAAAGCUGUUGAUACAACAGGAGCUGGUGAUUGUUUUUGUGGUUCAUUUAUUCACGCUUACAUCACAAAAAAGUUAUCAAUAAAAGAAAGUAUUAUCUUUGCUACUAAAGUUGCUAGUUUAUCUGUACAAAAACUAGGAACACAAUCAUCAUAUCCAUUUAAAGAUGAAAUUAAUUUUUAA